UCCCASCCCCRCUUCUUCGAGAAAUAGCCCAGAGGGASCAUGAGGGUACCCACUGGGGAACAGAAAAUCUUUUAAAACAUCUGAAGAAGGUAGUGGUUGGGAGGGGGAUGACUGAUAUUGUACAGUCUAUAACAAGCAAGUGUGAGACCGUUGUAGAAACAAUCCUGACACGAGCAAGAGAGUUGUGUUAGGGGUGACRAARGCAGGAGAUCUCCCGGGAGACUACUGGCAAAUAGAUUUUGCUGAAAUGCCUYGCAAGGAGGGAUACAAAUAUGUACUGGUAUUGGUUGACACCUUCAGUGGAUGGCCUGAGGCUUACCCCUGUCGCACCAACACAGCAAAAGAKGUAGUAAAAGCCUUGCUCAACCACAUAAUUUCAAGGUUUGGGGUUCCCCUGGGAAUGUCAUCGGAUAGAGGACCACAUUUCAUUGCAACGGUGGUGGGAGAAGUUAGCAGGUUUCUGGGACUUGCUUGGGACCUGCAUACUCGAUACAGGUCCCAAGCAAGUGGCAAGGUUGAGCGCAUGAAUGGAACCCUCAAAACCCAGAUCAGUAAGAUCUGCCAAGAAACUUCAAUGACUUGGAUUCAGGCCUUGCCUCUAGCCUUGCUGAGAGUUCACAUACAACCAAGGAGGAGGGACAAUAUAAGUCCCUAUGAAAUCCUAUAUGGCAGACCAUACCAGAUUCCACACAUUCCAGGGGAAAUUCAUAUGAGAGGUAAAAUUGAUUUGCAGAAAUAUUUAAUGGCUUUGAGUUCCACUUUGCAGAAGCUCCAAAGAUUCGUCGUGYUGUCCAGGCCUAUAGGACUAGACACACSUGCUCAUCUGUUCCAGCCUGGAGACUGGGUCUACAUCAAGUGGUGGGACAGCGACCCUCUGCARGCUAAGUGGAAGGGACCAUYCCAGGUUUUGCUGACAACCCUCACUGCAGUCAAAGUUGCUGGGAAAGGACCCUGGAUCCACUACUCCAGAGUCAAGAAGGCUUCUGCCCCUGAAACCAUCAAGAAACCAGGGACUGAUGCAAAUCAAGAUGAUGUGGUUUAA